UUUUUCGAAUGCCGCAUGCUGCUAGCGGCUAGAGUCCAACCGUCAAGCACGUGUCGUCGGCUCUGCUCAGUACACAACCCCAGUCCCCACGUGCUGUUCUUAAGUAUACGUCAAAACGAUUUUUUUAAGCCCAUCACAAUGUCUUCCGUACAAGAAACAUCGGCUUUGGAUUCGUCUCCUAAAGUCGAGGAUAAAAGUGCCGUGCCAGAAACUUCGUCGUCGCAAUCGUCGCCGAAAAUUGAGGAAAAAUUUGUCGUAGAAGAAAUAUCGCCCUCGAAGACAUCUUCCGAAAUUGUGAAUAGUGAUGCCGUGCAAGAAACACUGGCUACAGAUUCAUCUUCAAAAGGUGAAGAAAAAGCUAUCGUCCAAAAUUUGUCCCCCGAGUCAUCUAAUCACGCGGAUCCCGUGCAAGAAACAUCGGUGACAGAUUCAUCUUCAAAAGACGAGGGAAAAGCCGUUGUGGAAAAUUUGUCCACCGAAUCAUCUCAGCAUGUGUCAUCUGAAUGUUCCAUGCAAGAAGAAACAUCAACCGCCGUAGAUUCAUCUUCUGAAAACAAAGAAAAGACUGUCGAAGAGGCUGCCGCGCAAGAAUCGGCCUCAAAGUCACCUCCUGUAAUUGUGGAUAAAUAUGCCGUGCGAGAAACACGUGCUAUCGAUUCGUCUUCUGAAGAAGACUCCGAUGAGGACUCCAGUAGCUCAAUUUCAUCGUCAUCAUCAACUUCUGAAGAUGAAGAAGAAGCUGCUGCGCCAAAAACCAAACCUCAACAGAAAAAACAGAGACAAAAAAAAGAGAAUGAUUUUAAAGGUGAAUAUGAUGAUUUGCCACCUAUUGAGGACCUUAAUAUAUCAGUUCCAGAGGUUCUGGUUGAUGAGAUAGGCGAGGUUGGAUGGUUUGCUGAUCAAAUGGUUGUUGUUCGUUCAUUACCAGGCAAACCAGUUGUCAAUUUAGAUACUGUACUUUUUCUCAAACGAGGAGAAAUACCCCUCGGUAAAGUUUUUGAUGUGUUUGGGCCGGUCAAAGACCCUCACUAUUGCGUGAGAUUCAAUAGUAAAGAACAUAUUUCAGAGCGAGGUAUAGAACCAGGCAUGAAAGUCUACUUCUGCUCAAGUAAACCAGAAUACACAUCACUAGUUUUCCUUUCUGAGCUUACCAAGUUGAAACCUUGUGAAGAUUUAAAUGAUGAUGAUGAUCCGCAAUUUUCUGAUGAUGAGGAAGAACAAGCAUAUAUGGCUAGAAAAGAAUCUUCUAAAACUAUUACAAAAAGUAAUAAUACCACUAAAAGUAAUAACACCACCAGAAAUAAUAACAAUACCAAAGGCUUUGGUAAUGCUAGAGGAAAUCCUAGAGGACGAGGAGUACCUUAUCAACGAGGAAAAAAGCAAGGUGGCAUGCCAAACACUUCUAGGGGUCUGCAACAUCAAGGUCCAAAUGCAAAUAGACCAAAUCCAUUUUAUCAGACAAAUUCAUGGUCUAGACAAAGAUAUCAGCAACAAAAUAAUUAUUUCUGGCCGCAACAAGGAUAUCAAAUGCCACCUGCUCCAAUGCCAUUACCAAAUAUCCAAUUUCCAGUUACUCAAUUCCCACCUGGACAAUAUCCAGCUAGUCAAUAUCCUUUACCUCAAUAUCAACAGUUUCAAUAUCCACCUGAAUAUUGGCAAAUGCAAUAUGUGGUCCCUCAAAAUAAUUUACCACCAAAUUUAGGGCUUCAACAGACUUUGACACUGCCUUUUGGUACACCACCUCCUAGGCCACAAUCUCCUGCCCAAUUACCUCCUGCUCAAUUACCUCCUGCCCAACCAAAAAAUCCUCAAGGUAAAAAAUAAUGUAUUUAUUACAAAAUAUAAAGUGUAUAAUAAUAGC